AUAUUACGAUAAAAAUAAAUGCUUUAGUAACAUUUUCGUCUAUGGACAGUUCAUAAAUGUCAGAUUGAAGCGCGAUAAAGCGUAUUUAUCGCGUUAUUGUAUACAUUCCCGUGUUUAUAAGCUAUUAAACGCAUGUUCUGCUUAUCUGUUUUGUAAUAAGGAUGUACAAUAACAUUCGAUUGAAUCGUUUCCUCAGUUGAACGUUCGCCUGCCCGCGGGGAGGUAUACCACUACACCGCCAUGAAUUGUAUCAUAUUUUUAAACAUAUUUGCCGCGUUUUGGGCUCUUGUGAUCGCCGAGUCCGUGUAUCCGGCUACUAAAGGGGAGGUGUGGCCGAAACCUCAGCACCAAGUGAAAACAAAUACGGUUCUUACAUUCGACCAUAGGCAAUUUCAAAUUAAGGUAAUCGGUGUGACCUGCUCGCUCCUCUCCAGCGUCGUCUCGCGCUACUCGCACGUGUUCGCGCGACAGAGCAAGCUCGUGCUCGAGCAUGCUCGCCCGCACACGUCAUCGAGCAGGCUCGCCGAGCUGCACAUCAACCUGACCGCGCCGUGUGAAGACUACCCGCAUUACGGCAUGGAUGAAAGCUAUAACCUAACAAUAUCAGAGGUGUCCACCCUGAAAAGCGAUUCCAUAUGGGGCAUUCUGCGAGGGUUGCAGACUGUCCUGCACUCGUUCUAUUUCUCAAAUGACUACAAGAGAAUAUUAGUAAAUGCGACGGAGAUAUACGACUUCCCUCGUUACUCGCAUCGUGGGCUGCUGCUGGACACUUCACGACACUACAUCUCGCUGCAAAACAUCCUGCUGACGCUAGACGCCAUGGAGAUGAACAAGAUGAACGUCUUCCACUGGCACAUUAUCGAUGACGACAGCUUCCCGUAUCAGAGCAAGAAGUUUCCGGAAUUGAGCGAACAUGGAGCGUAUUAUCCUACAAUGGUGUAUUCGAAGGCAGACAUCGUGCUCGUGUUGAAAUAUGCCCGUGAGCGCGGCAUCCGGGUGGUGCCCGAGUUUGAUGUUCCAGGUCACACCGUGUCUUGGGGGGCAUCGCACCCCGAGCUCGUGCUAACGUGCGAAGACCAGUGGAACCAAUCCACCACGAGUGCAGCCUUGAACCCCAUUCUCAAUUCCACGUACGAGCUGCUCGGAGACCUGAUCAAAGAAGUGCAGGACUUGUUCCCGGACAAGUACUUCCAUGUUGGUGGGGACGAGGUCAAUACGAAGUGUUGGGAGAAUGAUUCGACAAUUCAGGUGUAUCUAAAAGAACACAACAUGACAGUCACGGAGUUGUUCCCCAUGUUCAUCGACAGACUGUUCCGACUGAUUGGCAGUAGAUCGCAGCCCAUCGUGUGGGAGGCAAGUUUACAAACAUUAAUUUUUCAACUUUUUAUAUAAGUUGAAAAUGCCAUC